AUGGCUAAUGGAGGAAGAGAUGCUGUCAUUACAAUUGCAGCGACGAACAAUAUUCAGACCACAAUAUCUUUGGAGCAAGGAAUCCAGGAAACGAAAUGGCUGCUGCACCCCGCAGCUGGAAACAGCUCUUGUUGCAUCUUCAGAUUACCCCAAUACCUCUUGGAAAUAAACAAGAAGGCCUACCAGCCCCAUAUAGUUUCCAUCGGUCCUUAUCACUACGGUGACACACAUUUGGACAUGAUGCAGCAGCACAAAUGGAGAUUUCUUCGCGAUCUGCUUGUUCGAACACCAUCCCCUGGCCCGAAUCUUGAUGACUACCGGCAGGUUGUGGCAUCAAUGGAAGAAGAUAUAAGACGGUGCUACUCAGAGACAAUCAAUUUAUGCGGUCAAGAUCUAGUUGAGGUGAUGGUGCUAGAUGGUCUUUUCACUAUUGAACUAUUCUGCAAAGUUGGAAGGCUGUCACCAAGUGAUCCAGAUGACCCCAUCUUCAACUUGGCAUGGAUAUUCCCUAACCUCAUACGAGAUCUUCUUCGGUUGGAGAAUCAAAUUCCUUUCAUUGUCCUUCAAACAUUAUUUGAUAAAUCAAAAUCUUCAAGAGAAGAUAGUAACUCAUCCCUUGCACAACUUGCUUUGGAAUUCUUUAGUUUCGCGGUAGAAAGACCAGAUGAAGUCUUAAAGCAACAUGUCAGUGUUGAAGCAAAACAUCUACUUGAUUUACUUCGCUUGAGUUUUAUUCCUGAACCACAUCACCGCUCACCUCAAAAUCAAAACCCAAAAGUCAUUCUUCCAUUAGUCCAAUUCAUCCAAAUGGCCAAAAAGCCUCUAGCGGGAAUACUCAAGGCCACCACAAGGAACACACUAAAAAAGUUCGUAGGGCGAAUUAAGUUGAAGAUCAUGAGGAAGGGAAACACCUCUCCGCUGGUUCAAUUUAUCCAAUCCGCCAAAAAGCUUCAUUUGGCUGGAAUUAAGUUCAAGGAGAGGGAGGCAAAUAGCUUCUUGGACAUCAGAUUUUGCAACGGGGUGCUCGAAAUUCCGAACAUAACGCUAGAUGAUCUACGCACUGAUAUUUUCCUCAACUUUGUUGCAUUUGAACAAUGCUACUCCCAUUGCUCAAAGCACAUAACCACUUAUGCUGCAUUGAUGAGUUGCCUCAUCAGCACGCCUGUGGACGCAGCAUUUCUCAGUGACAAAAAUAUUAUUGAGAAUUAUCUUGGAACCGAUGAGGAGGUUGCUCAUUUCUUCAAAAACCUUGGCAAGGAUGUGCCUUUCGAUAUUGACGAAAGUUAUCUAUGUAAGUUGUUCAAGGAUGUGAAUGAGUACCAUAGAAAUAUUUGGCACGUGAGAUGGGCUGGUUUUAGAUUUAAGUAUUUUGACAACCCAUGGUCUUUCUUGUCAGCUGUAGCUGCUGUCGUGCUCCUACUACUCACUGCAAUUCAGACCUUCUUUACUGUGUAUGAUUAUUUUAAUUCAUUGGCCUCUAAUGGAGGGGGGAGGCAUUAGGAAUAGCGGAGAAAGUGGUGGUUAUAGUUGGUUUUUUUUUUUUUCCCUCAGCCAGAGCUUUGUAAGAAAGAUCACCAUGUAUGUUGAAUAUUAACUUUUUUAUUUAUUUAUUUAAAUUUAUAAAUUUAAUCUAUCUUGAACCAUGUCACAAGAUUGAAUCGACAUAUUGAGAUAAAGACAUAAGAUUUGAACCACAUUUUCGGCUCACAUAUCUCCCAUAGCUACUUAGCAAAUUUUUUAAACACGUACUUGGUGUUACGGUCACCCCUCUGUAAUCCAAUUAUCUUUAUAUAAUGCACGUCUCUUGCCUUUUUUUUUUUCGACAACAAAAAAACAAAAAAACCUCUGUAAGCCAAUUAUCUUU